AUGGAUUUGGAUUUGCUUAGUUGGAAUUAUAGAGGGAUCUGCAAUGAUGCAACAAUACGGGCUUUGAAGGACUUGAUUUCUCAGAAUCGUCCUCAGAUCGUUUUUUUGUGUGAGACGAAGAUAAGUAGAGAGAGGGAGUUCGAAACUCUACGUAAGGCGCUAGGGUUUGCUAACGCAAAGGCGGUGCUCAGUGAAGGCCAAGCUGGUGGGCUAGAGUUGUUUUGGAAUGACGAUGUGCAUCUGAAUCUAGGGACGACGUCAGCACAUCACAUUGACGCCGUGGUUGGCGAGUCUGGAGUUUCGUCUUGGAGAGUGACUGGGUUCUAUGGGUAUGCCAGAACGAGUGAAAGAGAUCGCUCCUGGCAAUUAUUACGAGAUCUUUCUGACCUGGAUUCGCUUCCCUGGAUUGUGAUAGGAGAUUUCAACGAAAUCUUGAACAAUGGGGAGAAGAUAUAUGGUCCAAUACGAGCGGAAAGACAAAUGAGAGGCUUCCGUGAGGCUUUAGGAUAUUGCGACUUGUUGGACCUAGGGUUCCAUGGCGCUAUGGCCACUUGGUGGAAUUCGGAGACGUUAUUGUGUCUAGAUAGGGCGAUCUGCACUCCAUCUUGGUUUGAUUUGUUUAGGCAUUCAAAACUAUUUCACCUUCCGCCUUCAGAUUUUGACCAUGUACCUCUGCUUCUGAAGGCUAGCACAGCCCCUCUGGUGGUGCGGUCCAAAAAGCAUAAUUUCAAGUUUGAGGCAUUCUGGUUACAACAUCCUGAAUGCGACGGAGUGGUGAAAGAGGCAUAG